UAUUUCAGUUUGGCCAUUACUAAGUGCUGUCAUCAAUACCCAACUGAUCAAUUAUAUGAUGUAAAUUAGUUAGUUUAUCAGUAAUUGUUGAUAUUUUAACAUCGUAAUUUCCAAUAAAAGUUAAGAAAUAGUUAAGUGUAUUUCAAUUCACUGGAUAAAUUGUGUAAGACAAUGCCAUGUUGGUCGAUACCAGACUCUUCAUUCAGGAGGCAGCUCUAGUGACAACAUGUCUUCUGGGAGACCAUCUAUUGAAGAGUUCACUUGCUAGACAACGUUACGUGGUGGCGGUGUGUGACAGUGUAACUCAUGGUCUCAUAGGCGGAAUAUCAUGGGCUAUACUCACAAAUGCAACACUGUGCCGUUCUGACAUGUUCCAGUGCCUUGUAGCCAUGAUGUUGUCAAUGAUGGUGGAUGUGGACCAUUUCCUAGCUGCAGGAUCAUUAAGUCUCAAGGCAGCACUUUCGCUCCCGUCCAGACCGCCAUUUCAUGCUUCAACAGUGAUCCUAGUAACAGACAUCAUCUUGCUCACCCUAGCAACCAUUUUGAAGUCUCAUAGACUCGUUACUAUGGUGAUGAUGUUCACCAUGUCCUGGUUCUCUCACCACCUGCGGGACGCGGAGAGGAGGGGCCUGUGGUUCUACCCCCUGGGGAACACUCCGCCCCUUCCGAAGACAGUUUAUAUUGGGAUUAUUGUUUGCAUGACAAUAGUUUUUAGAUAUUUAUUCCUGUAUUAUGUAAGGCCUAUAGCAAGAGAAAAAAUUGUUCAAACUGAUGGAAUUGUUUGAAGAAUGAAAUCUGUGAUAGGAUUUGUGAUAAUAUCUUAUUUGUUUUGAAAAGUAUACGUGUACACAUAAUAUAAUAAAUAUAUUAAAUUAGUUAGAUUUUAGGUAGGUACCAACGAAACCAUUUUUGUUAACGGUGUCUAAAAUAGUUUUGGAUAUUGAAGAAGAAAUACGUUUAAAAUAUACUUUCUAACUAGUCAUUGUGAUUUCAAAAUUUAAUCGUGUUUAGGAUUAACACAGUUAAAAUUAUAUUAAAAUUUAUAUGCCCAUACCUUUCUGAAUGGAAAUUAGAACGGACAUCAUUACUUGAUAUUGGACAGC